AUGACAACAGUAGAUGACAUUGAUCCCGAUGUGAUGCGAGAACUUUUGGUUUAUAUGUAUACAGGACAAGCUAGGUAUAUAGAUCAAAUGGCUCAAAGUCUGAUUGCGGCGGCUGAUAAAUAUCAACUGGACCGGCUAAAAGUGAUGUGUGAGCAAGCCUNUUCGUUUCUUUCGGAUUUAAAAUUUGGGGAGAACUGUGCAAUCUGA